AUGGACUAUCUUCGCAGCUUUGGCUCUGCUGCAGUGUCGACUCUAGUCCAGAAAUCGGGGCUAAAUCUACCGUUCUCGCUAGGUGCCAAAGUUUACUCCUGCGAGACUUUCUGGACCUUGUACGACGCUACCAAACGGGAAGAUGGUAGUCUGGUCUCGUUUUUCGAGUAUGAUGUAACCCACCCUCUGAACAAGUCCACCAUACCCCUCGCCCGCAACUCCCUCCGCAAGCUACGCACCAUACAACAUCCAGACGUACUCAGAUACAUCGAUGUCGUAGAAUCCGACUCAGCCAUUUGCAUCAUGACUGAAAGGGUUCGCCUGCUUCAUCAAGUU